AUGGAUGAUGAUAGUCAUAUACUUAUUGAUGAUAUUACUAGUAUGUCCCAUGAAAUGUAAAUUGAUGAAACAAUAAUAAAACAAUACAAAAAAUAAAGGUUAUUGGGUGUUGGAGCUUAUGGGAAAGCAUACCUCGUGACUUCUGAUGACGAAAAUUAAAUUAAAUACGUUAUGAAGGUGUUGCCUCAAUCACCUUCAGCCAAGCAAGAAGCAUUAAUACUGUAAAAUUUGAGACAUGAGAAUAUCAUCUAAUACGUAGAAACAUUUAUAGAUAGCAAAAAUAGAUUAUGCAUAAUAAUGGAAUAUGCCAAUAGUAUUUGAUUAAUAAAUAAUAUUAUUAGAUGGCACUUUAGGUUAAUACAUAAAGUCAAGACAAUAACCAUUGCCUGAAACACAAAUUGUUGAUUGGUUUACUCAAUUAUGUUUAGCAAUUUAAUGCGUUCACUCACAGAGAAUUAUCCAUCGAGACAUAAAAGCUGAAAAUGUGUUUUUGCAAGAUGACAAAUUGAAAUUAGGGGACUUCGGGAUUGCAAGAUCUGUUGAUUAGACUCUUGCCACCACUUUUAUAGGAACUCCGUAUUAUUUAUCCCCUGAGAUAAUAUAAAACUAGCCUUAUUCUUAUAAGAGUGAUAUCUGGGCAUUAGGAGUCUUGCUUUAUGAAAUGUGCACUUUUAAAUACCCAUUUUAAGCGGAAUCAUUACCAGGUCUGGCUACUAAAAUUAUAAAAGGGAAAAUACAACCCAUAAGUGCUUAAGUCUAUUCAUAAAAUAUGAAAAACUUAAUUUAAAGUCUGUUAUAGAUUGAUCAGAAUAAAAGACCAACAAUCGAAUAGAUUUUAUGUAUUAUUUUAUUCAUUACAUAGAAAAUCAAAUAAUCUAAAAUAGGAUUAAAUAAUUAAAUAUUAAAUAGUAGCCUAUAACAAAGCCAGCGGCCUUACUGGUGUAAAGUAUGAUAUAUUGUUAAUCUAGAGAAAUAGUAACAUUAGGUUAUUAUAAAAAAGGAUGAAUACAAAUAGUAAAAAAAAUUAACUAGAGAAGAGUAAUCAAAAUUUAUGAAAUAAGAUAUAUAAAAGAAAGUAUGCUAAUGAUAUAUAUAGAAAUAUUAAUAGUAAUAGCAGAAGCCUUAAGAAUUAAUUAUUGAGUCAUUUGGCCAACCAAAAAAAUAGGAUUAAUAAUAGGGAGAUAAGAAAGUAGUGAAAAACAAAGAAGUGCCAGUGGAAAUCUACCUUCCUUUUAUGUCACAAAUAGAAUAAAAAUAAUAGCAAUUAAAUUCUGCCAAAGAAAAAUAAAAUGAACAAUUAAUCCAAUCAUAACAAUAGAAUAGUAAGAUUAAAGGUUAUCUUAUGAAUAGCCAAAAAAUAAAACCCUAAACUCGGUUAUGAGAGAGCCGAAAAAAUUAGAUCUGCUUUAGAGAAGGAGUUGGGAUUAAAUGAGUUUCUAUCUAUCUAUAACACCUUUAAAAGCUUAAGAGAAAGAAAUUCUCUUGAAGAUAUUGCAAAAUAAUAUGGGCCUAAUUACACCGAAUUGAUUCCAAAUAUGUAAUAAGAGUUAAUUUAAGCCUUUUUGCCAUCUUUAUUUAUCUUACUCGAAUUCGAUUUGGAUGAAUGA